AGAAGAGAGGAGCUUUUCUUUGCUUGAAAGAAACGAAGUGGAAGAACAAGAAGAAAGAAAGAAGGUGAGGGAAGUGGGGAUUUUGAAGAAGAAUCCCGAGAUCUUGGAGGAGCAGAUUCAUAAGUUGAAUAAGCAAAUAAUGGCAGCAAAAACUGGAAAGACAAAGAUUAUGAGACUUCUACGAGAUGAUAAUACAGAAGAUCAAGAUACUCAAAGACAGGCAGAGAGAAUUGAUAUGGACACACAUUCUCAGAUUAUAUCAAGAAAGUGGAAACAAGGUUGUCAAAGAAAAUCAAGAAGGUUGAAAGAAGCAUCUCAGCCUAUGUUGAUCGAACAGAACCAAAGUUUGUGCAGCAGUGAUCAAAAUGUCAAUAUAUUUGGCUACUGUGACAGACAAAUUACAAAUGAUCAAGGAGAUUCUGCCAUGAUUGUAAAUGAGGCUCUGUUUCCUCAUCAAAAUUCAAAUAUUGACAAUACAACUUCGAUGGGUUGUCAAAGAAAAUCAAGAAGGUUGAAAGAAGCAUCUCAGCAUAUGUUGAUCGAACAUAACCAAAGUUUGUGCAGCAGUGAUCAAAAUGUCAAUAUAUUUGACUACCGUGACAGACAAAUUACAAAUGAUCAAGGACAUUCUGCCAUGAUUGUAAAUGAGGCUCUGUUUCCUCAUCAAAAUUCAAAUACCUGCGACUAUGAAUUCAAAUAUAAACUGAGGGUGAAGACCUGCGAGUCUGUCUAGACCGCAGCAUGCAAAUACCUCUUCCAUGUUAUAGAGUCUAUGCCACCAUUGAAGAUCCAAACAGUGAAGCCACAGUCAAGCUUAGAGGAAAACCAGCUGAACAAUUGUUUGGAAUAACUUGCAGAGACCUCAUAGAUAGACAAGUACCCUUAUGGUCCACAGGAAACAUUGCCACAGGAAAUAUUGCAAACAAAAGGGCAAAUUCACAUUUUCCAAAUCCAAAACAAUGAAGCAAAUGACUUCAUAGUGAAAGGUAUCUUUCCAAGCACAAAGAAUCAACCAAGUGCCAGCACACCAGCUCAUCCACUGUAUGACAAAAAAAGAUCUGUCGAGAAAGGAAGAAGACAACUAUUUGCUACCAAUCCAGACAAAAGACCCCGCAGGGAAGGAAGCACUGAAUCAGCAACAUCAUCCACAGACACUAUGAACAAAGAAAAAAUGGACUGAAAUAUCAUGUCACUUUUUUGUGUAAAUAGAAAUGGAGGCAGCAACUUUUUGGACAACCUCCACAGCUAAUCAUCACUAGGCUAACAACCUCUCGACAACUGAUGUCACUUUUGAUAUAAUCACUAUGUUAGCCUAUAAGUAGAACACUGUAUUUUGGAGAAGCUGUUUUAACAGCAGUUGUAAUAUAUAUUUGAAGAUUACCAGAUCAGCUAUACUAAUGGUAAUGUUAGCUCCUAAUAUGGAGCAUGAAUCUAUAUAUUUUUGACAAGCUGUUUUAACAACAGUUGUUUUAUAUAUAUGAACUGAAUUUUUGAUC